UUCUUCCUCUAAAUAUGUUUUACCGUAAAAGCCCAAAACAUAUUCUACAAUUCUCACUAAGUCCUUCCUCCCUUUCGCGCUCUCAUCUGAAAAAUACGCCAUUAAAGCCACCUUGUCAUCAAAAGCCCCUGAGUAAUCUCUCUCUCUCACAGACCAACUUGUGCAUUUCUCUGCAGUCUCUCUCGACCUUUAUAGAUACCCAUCACUAAUUAUUCGAAGCCUCUGUCUUUUUAUAUGCACAAUCUGCCAUUGUUGCAGAAACCCAUCACUCUUUCUUUCAUUCACUCUUUUCCCCCCUUAGUUGCAGAGGUCGCCAUUAAAAAGACUCCUUGCAAUUGCAUUUCAAGAACAGAGAACACCAAUCUCUCACCAUCUUCUAUAUCACCCUCACUUGCAUAAACCACUUCUCUCUGUCUGUUAUCUCCGACUCCAAAUUACAACUCCUUUACUAAACCCAACAACAAAUCCUCAAACCCCAUCAGCCCAAUCGGGUUUUUGAUCUAUUUGAGCUACCAGAGCUUUCCUGUGGUUGCAGAGUGCGACUCCUCUGCAACUAUACAGAGAGAGAGAUGGCGAGCCAUGGCUCUUUCUCUAGCCUCAACUCUUACAUAAAAGCUCUUUCUGAAACACCCCAAAGGUUAAAUAAACGAAUGUGGUCUGUCUCUUCAGCCAGUGAAGAACUAAGCCUGGUUAAAGUGCGCUCUGGUUCAUUAAUGGCCAAGAGGCUUCGAUGGUUCGACCUCGUCGGUUUAGGACUAGGUGGUAUGGUGGGUGCUGGUGUUUUUGUGACCACAGGCAGCGCCAUGAAGCUGUAUGCAGGACCAGGAAUAGUGGUGUCCUACGCCAUUGCUGGUCUAUGCGCUCUUCUCUCUGCUCUUUGUUAUACUGAGUUCGCUGUCGAUAUGCCUGUUGCUGGUGGUGCUUUCAGCUAUCUUAGGAUCACUUUCGGGGAAUUCGCUGCUUAUAUGACUGGUACAAAUUUAGUAAUGGAAUAUGUGUUCUCUAAUGCCGCCGUUGCAAGGAGUUUAACCUCUUAUUUGGGUUCAGCGUUUGGCAUUGUUGCUACUGAAAAAUGGAGAAUAAAAAUCGACAGUUUUCCGGAAAAUUACAACUCCCUUGACUUUGUAGCGGUCGCCAUUAUCUUAGCCCUCACCUUUUGUAUUUGUUACAGUACUAAAGAGAGUUCGAUUCUGAACAUGGCGAUAACAGGCGUGCACAUAGUAUUUAUAGUGUUUAUCAUAAUUUUGGGGUUUUGCAAAGGCGAGUCUGAGAAUUUUACACACACCCAAAAUCCAUCAAAAGAAGGGGGUUUCUUCCCUUAUGGUGCAACAGGAGUCUUUAAUGGAGCUGCCAUUAUUUACUUCAGCUACAUAGGUUAUGAUGCAGUCUCUACAAUGGCAGAGGAGGUGAAGGACCCUGCUAAAGAUAUACCAAUCGGUGUGUCUGGUUCGGUUGUUCUUGUUACAGUGCUCUACACUUUAAUGGCUGCUGCUAUGGCCAAGCUGGUCCCCUAUGAUGCGAUUGACCUAGACUCCCCGUUUUCAAGUGCUUUUAAGAGAGUGGUGGGUUGGGGAUGGGUAUCGAAUGUGAUUGGUGGAGGAGCAAGCCUUGGCAUAUUGACUUCUCUUAUGGUGGCCAUGCUGGGCCAAGCGAGAUACAUGUGUGUCAUAGGCCGCUCGGCUGUUGUCCCAACCUGCUUUGCAAAGGUCCACCCUCGGACCUCCACACCGGUGAAUGCAUCCAUUUUUCUAGGACUCUGCACGGCGGCAAUUGCAAUGUUCACCGACCUCAGUGUGCUCGUGAACCUGAUCUCCAUUGGAACCCUCUUUGUGUUCUACAUGGUGGCCAAUGCCGUGCUUUACCGCCGCUACAACGCACAUGAGAAGGGCUCGGUCGUACCUACCCUAUCCUUCUUAGCUGCUCUCUCCAUUCUCUCCCUCCUCUUCGCACUUCUGUGGCACCAGAGUCCUCCACUCUCUAAUCCCAUAGCUGUAAUCUGCCGAUUGCUUGCACUUACUGCCUGUCCUGUCACAAUUGUUGCCCUCCUCAUCCUUUUCCACAACCUUGUCCCUCAGGCACCAAGGCCUGUCCUAUGGGCGGUGCCUCUCAUGCCCUAUAUUCCUGCCGUCUCUGUGUUUUUGAACAUCUUCUUGCUUGCUUCGCUCGAUGGGGCCUCGUAUUUGAGGUUCGGGGUCUUCUCUGGGGUGGCAUUGAUGUUCUAUGUUUUGUAUAGUGUUCAUGCUAGUUAUGACCAUGCGGAGGUGCGGGCUCGAGAGGCAGGGGCGGUCGAACUGAUGGAUGUAGAGAGGGAGUCGUCCAAUCAGGGUGACUCUAAAGUGUAGAAAUGUGGGGAUGGGUGGGGAAUUCCGGCAAUUGGUAGUGGUAGGAGAAAGGUUGGGGGCGGUGGGACAUAUAAUUUGUAUUGUUGUAAAGGGAAAGGUGGGGGUCUUAGUAUCACAAAUUAGUGGUUAGUUUUAACCCUUUGAUUAACAAUCAGCGAGGUAUAUUUGUAUAGGUGAAGCGUUUAAGGUAAUACCAAGAAGAAAAACUGGGGACAGGAAUGGAGGUCCCUAUAUUUUUGUUUGAAGAAUCACCGAUGUGUACCGAAGUUCAAAGGAUCUUAUCAACCAGGUUUUUGGUCUAACAGUUUGCAAGAGUGAUGG